GUUAGCUUGGGCAUGAUAGAAAGAAAUUUUACAUUAAAUUUGAGAAGAGAAAGAAAUAGAUGCCCCAAAGGAGUAACGGGCAGCUCUUCAUCUUUCAUCAUGAUUCAUUAAGAACGAGAAAGGAAGGACCGGGUCCAAAAAGGGCGAGCGUCCGUGGGUCCCACUAGCGGGCCGACGGUGCAUGCUCAUACAGCCACGCGUCCGUAGCCAUAGUUCACAGAACUACUAACACAAAGGCAUAAGCGUAACGUUCUAGAGUCUGCGAGGACGUCCUUUUUUCCACUCCGUAGCCAUGACACCCUCCCGGAAAUUCAGCUUUUUCUCUUCAACGACGGUCACCGUCACCUCCGAGGAAAUCCCCGUCGACUCGCCCCCCGUUCCCAUCACGGUUCACCUUCCCCAACACGACGCUGCCACCAAGAUCCAGUCGGUCUACCGGGCCCACCUCAUUCGCACUCUCUACAAGCAAAUCUCAGCCGCCAAUUCAGAGGCUGACCGUCUACAACGCCUGAUCCAAUGCCAGGAUACAGUGGAUUCCAUCCGCACCAACGACCGCGAGAAGCUGAGGAUGAACGAGGCCCUGAUGGGUGUUUUACUAAAACUCGAUUCUGUCCCCGGAAUUGAUCCGACCGUGAGGGAGGCAAGGAGGAAGGUGAGCCACCGGAUCGUGGGGUUGCAGGAGGUUCUGGACGCGUUAUCAGCGGCAAAGGUUGAGGAUGAUGGGUAUCCGGGAUGGGGCCCACGGGGGAUUUUCUUGAUGAGGGAUUGGGAUGCGAUGGUGGAGGAGAUGGAGGAGGGGGUGUGCGUGGAGAGCGGAGGCGAAGAAAUGGAGAGGUUUUGUGCUCAGUAUUUUGGGUUUCGUUGUUUGCAGAGGUUUCUUCGUGAUUGAAAAACUGUGCUCCGCAGAGGAAACCCUUUUUUGGCAGCCUUAACAAUGCUGUAAUAAUGUGUAAAAUGUAAAUCCUUGUGUUUUUAUUAGAUAAACAAUGUGUUCAAUCAGAAUUAACCUUCGGAUUCAGUGUUUUGUUGCGAAACCUUAAAACGUUUGAUUUUGUUACCUGAUGUUUUGAUUCAC